AUGGCUCCAUACUCUACCCUGUGGGACUGGAUGGAAGUGGCUCAGCGCACGCUACAAGCUCAACUAUGGCAAAUAUCGCAGAACGUCAAUACGCAAUUCCGAACGGGUUUUGUUGGAUACUGGGGCUACGAGCUUAAGGACGAGUCAUUAAAUUUAGCGCCCAUGUCAGCGGAACGUUAUGAACCUUACAUGAAUACCCCAAUGGACCGAACAAAGCUUCCUGCUGCUCAGUGGGCAUUCUGUAACCAUGCCCUUUGUUUAGAUCACAAGACCAAUACUUGGACGGCCUACGCACUGGUUGAUGAGGGAGGAACUACAACCGGACCACUCGCAUCUCUUGAGGCUUUGGGUGCCCAUUUCGGUAUGACGCAGGGUGAUGCUGAUAAUUGGUUUGUUAAGGCACAAAAGGCUCUGGAUGCCGUCAGCUCAGAAAGCGAGAGCAUCUUGCUUCCUACAUUGUCUUUGCAUGCCGUCGAUGAGGCAAGCACCUAUAUGGCAAGAAUUGAACGAGCACGGGAACUUAUUGCUGUUGGAGAAAGUUAUGAGUUGUGCCUCACAACCCAAUUUGAAGGAACUUUGCCUUCGCUACAUGAUUAUGGUUCUUAUUUUGCUCUAUACUGUGCACUACGUCGAAAGAAUCCUGCACCAUUCUCUGCGUAUAUGGAGCUGAUUUCGUUGGAUGGUACUCCUCAAGCUGUGCUUUCUACAAGUCCUGAAAGGUUUCUCACUGUCACUGACACAGGAGAAGUGGAAAUGCGUCCUAUAAAGGGAACCAAAGUUCGACCCGGGUGGGGUCCAGGUGAACAAGACUGGCUCGAACAGGCUAAACAAGACGCAGCAAUGCAUGCGCAUGUCAGGGCGGAAGAUGAGCGACGGAAACAAGCAUUGCAUAUGGAUCCAAAGGAACGCGCGGAAAACUUGAUGAUUGCCGAUUUGAUUCGUGCAGAUUUGCAGUCGGUGUGCCAUUCUAGUUCCGUGAAUGUGCCACGACUGAUCGCUUUGGAGACGUAUGAAACUGUACACCAGCUUGUAACGUCCGUUGUAGGCAAGCUACGUCCUCGGAUUGGGUGUGUUGAAGCAGCGAAACGAUGCUUCCCACCAGGCAGUAUGACAGGUGCUCCUAAACGCCGGAGUGUCGAGUUGCUGGAGACGCUAGAGCGUUCUAAAGGUGCACCAGAAGGCACGACCCGUCGACGAGGCGUCUAUUCGGGUGCUUUGGGAUUCAUGGGUGUAGACGGAGCUUCCAACCUAUCUGUGGUCAUUCGUACAGUCACUGUCCAAAAUAAUAGUGUGCUUGUGGGUGCUGGUGGAGCCAUUACAUUCCUUUCGACCCCAGAAGGCGAAUGGGACGAAGUUAUGACCAAACUUGGUUCCGUAGCUUCACUUGCAUCGUAA